GAAAACACUCAUGGCAGAGUGAGAAAUGUCAUUAACAUCCAAACAGAACAAACAAACACAGAGAAAGAAAAGAACCAAAACAAAACAGAGACUUCAAUGGUUCCAUCGCAAUAACCUCUGAUCUCUCCUAAUCUCCCCACCCCGACUGUAAUCCCUGUCCGCCCGUUCCAUGGCCUCCUCCAUGCCCACAAUUCUCAGCACCACCACCACCAUCAUCUUCGUCUUCCUCUUACUCCUCCAAUCUGCCGUUUCCAAGCAACAUUUCCUCUCUGACCCUGACCCAGACCCAGACCCAGAUCCCACCAAUACCAUCUCUGACUGCACCAACCGUUGGAUCCACAUCAGACGCCUCCCCUCGCAAUUCAACCACGAUCUCUUAUCCAACUGCUCUCAGUACCCUCUUUUUUUCGACUUCUGCCCCUACCUUCCCAACCAUGGCCUCGGUCUAAAGACCCAUUCCCGUUCCCACAGCUGGUUCCGCACCGACACUUUUAUGCUUGAGCUUAUCUUCCACCGUCGUAUGCUCGAGUACCCUUGUCUCACUCCUGAUCCCGACCUCGCCAACGCCGUUUACCUCCCUUACUAUGCCGGCAUCGACGCCCUCCGUUACCUCUACGGCCCCGACGUCAAUGCCAGCACCGAACACGGCCUCGAGUUGUUCCGUUUCGUUCGGGAUGAUAACCCCCACAUAUGGGCUCGCCACGAGGGUCAUGACCAUUUCUUGGUCAUGGCUCGGUCUGCUUGGGACUUCUCGCAAUCUCUGGACAACGAUCCUCCCACGUGGGGCACUUCGUUUCUCCAACUCCCCGAGUUUUACAACGUGACGGCUUUGACGUUGGAGGUCAGUGCUUGGCCGUGGCAGGAGCAAGCGAUUCCGUACACGACGUCUUUUCACCCGCCGAGCCUCGCUUUCUUGGAGUCCUGGAUACGCCGCGCGAGGCGGUCGAGAAGGUCAAUCCUAAUGCUCUUCGCCGGAGGCGGAGGGGUCUCGGCAACGCCCAAUAUCCGGCGGAGCAUCAGGAACGAGUGUGAGAAUGAUAAUUCGACUCAAAGUCUUGGCGGGUACGAGAAAAUGUGCGAGGUCGUGGAUUGCUCUAAUGGGGCGUGUGAGCACGACCCAAUAAGGUACAUGAGGCCGAUGUUGGAAGCGACCUUUUGUUUGCAGCCACCGGGAGAUACACCUACGCGGAGAUCCACUUUUGAUAGCAUUCUUGCUGGGUGCAUUCCGGUUUUCUUCGAAGACUCGUCGGCGAAGUUGCAGUAUAAGUGGCACUUGCCGGAGGAGGAGUACGGGGAGUUCUCGGUGUACAUACCAAAAGAGGAGGUGGUGUUUAGGGGACUGAGGAUUCUGGACGUGUUGGUAGGUAUACCCAGAACUAGAGUUAAGAGGAUGAGAGAGAAGGUGUUGGAGUUAAUGCCGAGAGUUGUGUACAGAAGACAUGAGAGUUCGUUGGGUUUAAGAACAAAGAAGGAUGCGUUUGAUAUUGCAAUCGAAGGUACUCUGCAGAGGAUCAAGUCUAGGCUUAAAGAAGUGGCAAUUUGUUCGUCACGUAAGUGCAGAGGAUUAGAUUAUUUGUUUCUCAAUUUGGUAAUAAAUCUUUUACCUAUUUUUUGGUAACUUGAGCCUCGUGAUGUCUUUCUUGUUGGGUGAGUUGGGAGAGAUCUCAUUCAAGAUUACAAGAAAAUAUGUAUUCUUGAUUCAUUUAAAUGAGGACCGUGGUAAUGCUGAUACUGGGGAGGCAGAAGAACAAUGGAAACUAGAACAUCAUUGGACGGAGAAAAGAAUUGAAUUUAUUGAGGGGAGGUGUGCCAAAACUUAAAUUGUAAUAAAAGCAAACAACAAUGACGGAGAAAAUGCCCCUUUUUCA